GUCUGGAUGAAAAGUUCAGUUCACAGAGAAACGGGACCAUGAAGCUCCUGUGAAGAGUGUUUGGAGUAAAGCCGCCGGAGACUGCAGGAUCUUCAUUUAUUGGUCGAAAACUAUUCAUUGAGCACAAGAUGAUGUCCGACGCCAGCGAUAUGUUGGCCGCCGCCUUGGAGCAAAUGGACGGGAUCAUAGCAGGCUCCAAGGCCAUGGACUACUCCAACGGGCUGUUUGACUGCCAGUCGCCCACCUCGCCGUUCUUGGGGGGCCUCCGGGUGCUGCACCUGCUGGAGGACCUGCGGGGAGUUCUGGAGCUCAUGGACAACGAGGAGAGGAACAACCUGCGAUGUCAGAUCCCCGAUUCCACCGCAGACGGGCUGGUAGAGUGGCUGCAGGGACGACUGACCAACGGCCACGGCUCAGAAGCAGUCUACCAAGAACGUCUGUCCCGGCUGGAGUGUGACAAAGAGUGUCUUGUUCUUCAGGUGAGUGUUCUAACAGACCAGGUCGAGGUGCAGGGUGAAAAGAUUCGGGACCUCGACACGUGCCUGGAUCAUCAUCGACAGAAACUAAAUGCUACUGAGGAUCUACUGCAGCAGGAGCUGUUGAAGCGGACAACGCUGGAGACCCAGAAGCUGGAGCUGAUGACCGAGGUGUCCAGUCUGAAGCUGAUGCUGACGGCUGUGGAGAGAGAUCACAGGGACAAUGAGGGCUUGUACCAGGAAGUGACGGAUCUGCGGUUCAGGGUGACUGACAUAGAGAAUGAAAGACUGCAGUGUGAGAAGAAACUCAAAGCUACCAAAGAGGAGCUGCAGCUUCUGCAGAGGCAGCUGGAGGAGCGAGAGGAGGAGCUGAGGAGGCUGAAGGACGAGAGCAGACUGAGGGUGGAGAGCCACAACGGAGCCGAGGGAGGAGAGAGAGAUACAGAAGUGUUGAACAUGAAGAUGGUGUUGGAGUCCCUGGCGUCGGCCAACGACGUGAAGGAGGAAAGGAUAAAGGAGCUGGAGGAGUCGCUCACUAAGUGCAAGGAUGUGCCGGAGCCGGUAAAAGACGAUGACUAUGACGAUAUCCCAGACGAUCCCUCGGUUUCCGUCUUCAUGGAGGUGGAUCAGGUCACACCGGCGUUGGAAGGGGAGGCAGGAAGAAGCUCUGGCGAGUCUAUUCCAUGUAUAGCAGUGCUCUCUGAGAUGAACGACCUGGACAGAGAACAACUGUUACAGGCAGUCGAAAGUUCCUCAGACGUCGCACAGCCGAGCAGCACCGAGCAGACCAAACAUAAAGCAGGACCUAGUUCCUCAUCUCCUCUCAGAACUAGUGAUGGGAGCUUUGGUACCAAGAAGGCCCGUUCUUCUUUCGGCCGCGGCUUCUUCAAGCUGCGUGCAGGCAAGCAGACAACCAGCUCUCCGAACCUGGAUCGCUCCCGGAGUGCCAGUGCACCUGCGUUAGCUGAGGCGGAACGUAGAGGCACAGAGCACCUGGACUUGGCCGGCGCUCCUCCACAGAAAUCCCCCGAUGGAGCCCUGCUGCCGUCCUCACCUGAAGCCAAAAAGAAGUCCAAAGGCUUCAUGAAGUUCUUUGGCAGACUAAAGAGGAGUCACUCCAGCUCCUUCAACCUUGACGAUGAAGCAGAGAUGGAGUUCCGGAGGGGAGGAGUCAGAGCCACAGCCGGCCCUCGACUGGGCUGGUCGCGUGAAUCUAAACACAACGUUGUUGAAGUUCCUUUCUCGCGGUGGAGUAAAGAUGAAGUGUGUGCGUGGCUGCAUGAGCAGGGCCUCGGGUUAUACGUCGCCCAGGGUCAGAGCUGGAUCAAAUCGGGACAAACGCUGCUGAGGGCGUCACAACACGAUCUGGAGAAGGAGUUGUGCAUGAAGCACCCUCUCCACAGGAAGAAGCUGCAGCUGGCUCUGCAGGCUCUCGGGUCAGAGGACGACGACCUCAAGGGCAGACUGGACCACAACUGGGUGACCAGGUGGCUGGAUGACAUCGGCCUCCCGCAGUACAAAAGCCACUUUGACGAGGCUCGUUUUGAUGGAUGCAUGCUGCACUACAUGACGGUGGAGGACUUGCUGUCUCUGAAGGUGGGCAGUGUUCUCCAUCACCUUAGCAUCAAGAGGGCGAUCCAGGUCCUCCGCCUCAACUGCUACGAACCCAACUGUCUCAGGCGACGGCCCUCUGACGAGAACAACAUGACACCAGCAGAGAUCUCUCAGUGGACCAACCACCGAGUGAUGGAGUGGCUGCGCUCCGUGGAUUUGGCAGAAUACGCUCCCAAUCUGAGGGGCAGCGGUGUUCAUGGAGGACUGAUGGUGUUGGAGCCCCGCUUCAACGUGGAAGCACUCGCCCUCCUGCUCAACAUUCCUCCCAACAAAACCCUGCUGAGACGCCACCUGGCAACACAUUUCCACCUGCUCGUCGGCUCCGAGGCGCAGCGGCUCAAACAGGACUGUCUGGAGAACCCCGACUACGUCGUCCUCAGCGCCACCGCCAAGAUCAAGCCUCGACGCCUCUCAUUCGGUGGUUUUGGCACUUUGAGGAAGAAACGUCAGGACGAUAGCGACGAGUACGUCUGCCCCAUGAACGUGGAAAUGCCCAAAAGCAGCAGCUUCCAGACGGGCGUCCAGAUCUAUGAGGAACACCCGGAACAGAUGGAAGACUCUGAAGGGACCGUGAGACAGAUAGGAGAAUUUUCUGAGGAAAUCAACAAUCUCACAAGCAUGCUGAAGGAAGAUGAGUUUUUUCAUGAGGGCGACGCAGCAGAAACCGAUCACAACUCUAGUGUUUGAGAUUUGCUUUGUGAAAAACAAACUGUGCCAACCCCCUCCACCUUCCAGCAACCUUUGUAGAACAUGAGACCUCCACUGUUACAGUAUUUUCCUCAUUCAGAAGUACAGCCAAAGCUUUCAUGACCAUAUAUUUAUAUUUAUUAAGGCUGUCCAAAAUAUAACGCAUGAACUAAAAAUGCAAGGUUUGAUUGCAUCAAUGUACCUUAUUAUUGAAACAUUUGUAUUCCGUUUUGUUUUCAUGUGGUACGUAAAGUUAUCUUUAGGAUUACAGCGAACAUCCUCACUUUACUUCUAGUGGUAUCUAGCCACGUAGUUUGGGUUUUGAGAUUCAAUGCUGUGAGAAAAUGUUUUGCUUAUAAAAUAAUGGUUUGACAUUUUGAGUAAUAUGCUAACGUUUGAGGAUUAGGUGAAGCUACAACCCUUGGUUGAGCGAUUAGCUUAGCAUAAAGACUGGAGGCCUGGCCCUCCCUCAAGCUCACUAACUUCUUUGUUCUAUAAUCCAAACACCACAUGACUCUCCCUAAAAGCACAAAUAAGUGUUCGUGAGCAUUGUAGGUGCAGUUUUAAACGUCUCCCGUUGCUUCCUCUCUUCAUGCUAAGCUAAUAGGCUUUAGCUCUUUACUUAACGAGCAGUAUUGAUCUACUCCCCUAACUCUUGGCAUGGAAGCCAAAUGUCAAACACUUCCUAUUGUGAAAGUAAACCUGAAAACCAAAGUCUUGUUUUUUAAAUGUUAAUAAAAAAAAGAGAACGCA